AUUUCAGUUAAAUCAUAGUCUCAAACCCUAAAUUUUUACCCUCAUCCAUCUUCAUCUUCUUCCCAAAAUCCCACUUCUUCACAUCUCUCUCUCUCUUUUAUCGUUGCCAUGGCUACGAUUAUCUCCUGCUCCAUCCCAUCGACGAUCCGAGCUUCAUCCGGAUCUGUCAAAAAACCCGACCCGGAUCGGAAGAAACCCACAUCAUCGGUCUCGUGGUGGGCUCCUCUCUUCGGCUGGCCCUCGGAUCCCGAUUAUGUGAACACCGACAACUCCUCGAUGAGCCAUGAAUCGGGUCCGGGUAAGAUCGAGAUUCCCGAAUCUGGUCAGGAUCCGGGUCGACCCGGUCAUAGAUUCACGCCCGGCUGCUUCACGGAGGAGAAGGCAAAGCAGCUUCGGAGGAAGAUCGCUGAGGGUUCUGCGUUCCACGACGUAAUGUACCACUCAGCGAUCGCAUCGCGGCUCGCGUCGGACGUCUCGGGUCGGGUUGAGAAGUAAACGGAUCGGGUCGGGACCCGUCGGAUCUGGUGAUGCAUGAAUGAAUCGAAGUGUUUUUUUUGUCUAAAUUUACUGUGUUUCUGUGGGAUGAAGAACAGCUUCUUUCGGUGAUGCUUUUUAUUAGAGCCGUUGGAUCGUGCACGGUCUUUUGUUUUGGAUCGUUGGAUCGUGCUUUGACGUUGUCUGUGUGAAGCCCUUUGUUUGACAUUAUAGAUGUAUUUCUAACCGUUGGAUGCGUUAGCUGGUGGAUUCUCUGAUCUUACCAACCGUUGGAUCACUGUAGUAUAUUUCUCUUGUGAAACGCAACUAUGGUGCUUUGAUUACGAUGCAAACCGAUAAAUUAUGGUUUGAUAAUUUGGCUGAUUUACUACCAACUAAUAAUAUCAUAUUAUUCUGACA